UUGGCCAAAAGCGAAAUGCAAGUGCUUGGUGCUCAAUUGUUUACUUUGGCAGUGACUGCGGUAGUUGUGGUGACUUCAGUUCGUGGUCACGCGGUGGAGCAGGAGCAUCUGGCCGGCCACGCCUAUGGACCAGCCAUACACAUUAGUUCGGGGAUUCUCCAAUUGGCCCCCGAUGCGGAGCAGCCCCAAUUGCUACUGGUGCCCAAUGCCCACUCCUCGUCACUGGGAAAUCCCUGGCCGCAUUUCUAUGUAGACACCUUGACCGCUUCGCACCUGCCACACUCAUCGAUUCCAUCGAUCGCAGCCAUCCCAAUGACCCCUUCGAUCCACGAACCACGCAUCGUGGUCAGCGAUAAUGUGGACUUUUCGCAGCUCAAAUUGCCCCAGCAUAAAGUUGUCCACUCCCACGGUCGCUAA